AUGUCAACAGAGCGAUGGCUGUCCUCGGAAACAGACCAGAACUCGACGUUGGCCAUGGAUACCUCAACUCAACGAAAACGGGCUCGGUUAAGCACGACACGGGCAUCGCUCCCGACAAGAUGCGCCGACGCGCAAACCAAUCUAGAAGUUGAUCUCUUAAUGCUAGAUUAUCUCGCCGAUCGUUGCAUCCAAGCUGCGCUGCAUUGCCGAACACCGCUCUCUCCACUACAGCGCGAUGCAGCAUUCCAAGCUGCUGAUGAAGCUCUACAUCUUGUGAAUGAUUUACUCACGUUAUUCGCCGAGCGCCAUCCAACACAUGACCUUACGACACAUGAUCCCAAACUACGCUUCCGCUUGCUCCUACUCAAAUUUACAGUGCUAUUUACGCAAAGAUAUCGUCCAGGCAGAGGUCAAAGUGGCGAGCGCUGUGCUGCGAAACCUUCGCGUGCAGCUCUGAACAAACUGCGUGAUGAGAAUACUACGCGUGCUCGACGAUGGAUCGGCAGCGCUGAGCGUUUGCCGACAAAUGGCCGGGCGGUAGCAUCUUAUGAGAGGUGCCUACCAUUAUCGCGACGCGCGUUGGAGGAAGGCAGACAAAAGGUCCUACAAGCGUGUAAUCCGAUGGCACUGAGCAGCGCAACAAACAGAGAGGGCCAACGACAAAACGAUAAUUCCGAUGAUGAAAGCACAGAAGACGAUGAGACAGCUUACAGCGACCCAAGCACGACUUUGACCCUCCUGGACAUGCUUCCUCUAUUCAUGCAGGUGUCCGCGGCUUGCCAUGGCUUCCUGCCCGAAGAUUCACCAGUGACUGCUCAAUGGAUGAAGCUGUUCAACGAGUUCGCGCUACAAAGCUGCCUCGAACAAUAUCUCGUGUUUGGUGCAAGUGGUACAGACUGCAUCGACGAGGCAUUUGCCUGGGUUGUCUGCGAAGACGACGUCAGGCGCACAGAACUCGCAGGCCAAGAAGAAGAUGAAUCGCACUCCGCAGCCGGAAUUGAGGCCAUGCUCCGUACCGCCGAGGAGAGUCCCGAUGAAGAUGACGAUGGUAACCUUAUACCAAAAUGGUCCAGUAUUCUCUCAACCACCAUCGAUCGCCUGUUCCCAACGAUCGAUCUGGAGCGCGUAAAAGCUCGUAGCAACGAUAACAUCCUGCACAACCAUCUUCACGCAUUGUCCCUCCGCCUGCCAUUGGCAGACACAGACGAACGCAUCCGGACCUUCAUUGCAGCUCUCGCCACAUGCGGUGAUGGCGACCAGUCAAGCCUGCUGCCACGCCCUGUUCUUGCGCAGCUUGAGCGUGGACGGCUCGAGGGAAUGACCGAGGAGGACACGCUUGAAUUUCUGGAGGAGACGUGUGGGAUUAAUCCAGAGCGAUGGGGAUUAGAUAUCCGUCUUUUGUCGCCUCCUGCAUCAAGGCGGACUUCGCAAAGCGGAGAUGUACUGAGAGGCGUUGAUUUUCUUGACAUUCCAGACGUCCCUUGA